GCUGGCCGUGGCUUCCUGAUUCCGCGCCGUCAGCCCAUGUGAACUCUUCGGAGGCACCAGUCGCGCUCGUCGGAUGCUGCAGGCCGAGGCAUGCCGACGUCGGCGCCGUUCGGAGACCCAGGGGCGGAAAGAACACAGAGGGGUCUGGGGACCCUCUGGGGCCCCAGAUCCGCCGAACAUCGACGCGCUCCCCAAACACGCCGACCGCAGCGUUCCAAUGCGAAUGGAAUCGGCAAGAAAGAUCGGCCAGCGCCCAGACGUGCUCCCCAGUGACCCCUCCAUGGCAGGAAGGGCCGCGGGGCCCCUGCCUCUCUGCGCCCGUGGCCUGCCCAAUCCUGCUCGGACGAUCCUUCUGGGCGAGCCGCGAACGUCCAGCCACACCACCCCCCCUUGCCACCUUCCCCCACCGUAUGGGGAGGCAGAGGAGGAGCGGGGGGAGGUAGUCGGAUGGUGCUGGCGAAAACUACGAAAUCAGCUGCAAGAAUGUUGACUUUGAUUUGCUCUCUGCGUAUGUGCCACCAGGCUACAUCUGAUGACCCCGUUUCAACGGGCAUACGCGAGGACACCGCGAAGCGACUAAAUCAAACAGUCGCACUUGACUACGCUUUCAGCUCAAAGCGUGACGGGACCUCUCUUUCAAAAUUUGUUCAGCACGACCGCCGCUGCUUGGCCCAGAAGUCGCUCCGCCUGCGCACCAUGCAGGAACCACUGGCAGGAUGCCACGCAUGUGCGGAAGCCAGGACAUCCGACGAUCUGAGUCUUUCAAUGCGCGGCCAUGGAGACCGCGACCCCUUUCCUGGGGCCAGCUUCUCACCCAAGGGGCCUGACAGUGGGCCCCCGAGACCCCAAAAUCGAGGAAGAAUCAGAUCGCCGGGGAUUCGGGGAAGCCCGAUGUGGUCCACGCCCGCUCCGCGAAGCAGGAGCACCUCCUACAUAUAUAUACACAGCUCCUUGCCCCGUGCUCGAGGACGCGGCCAGCCCUGUCUAUGGGAAGACCUCUCGCGAGCGGCCGGCGCGGCCCGCCCGCGGUGCCAGCGGUGGGCCCUUCCGCCGAGCCCGCUGGCACGCCAGGCGCCGGACUCAGGAGGAGCACAGUGAGGAGGAGGGGGGCAUGGGCGGGAGGUGGGAGCCAAGAGGCGGCGUAUGGCAAGGUGGUGUAUGCACAGCUCGGGGGGGCGGGAAAUCUACGCGCGGCAUCCAGCCAGCAUCCGCUGGAGGGCAUGCGCGCACGCACUCGUCCCGCGAGGCAAAAUCUAAACAGUUCUGCGAGGGCACGCCUGCAGGGAGCGGGCGUGUCGACCAGUAUUCGCGACCCUCUGGGGGGGGUACUGCUGGCGCAUUCUCCCUCCGUGGGGCGCCCUGCAUGCAAGCCGGGAAAAUUGUACAAGCCGUACGAACUCGCGACAGGAAGACACUGGAAGGGGGGUGGGAAGCGGGAGGAAGAUAGCGAUAGAUCGUUUAAGUUCCCUUGGGCUUCAAAUAAUUCGACUACCUGUGUAAAGUGCUCUAAGUGGUGCCCGUGCGGCCGUUGCCACUGGGCACGAAGAGUGCUUGAAACCUGCGUGUGCCAGACUGCCAGUGUGCGCCACCCCUCUCCUUUCCCGCUCCGCCGCCGCCCUCGUCUGUCCCCCGCCCGCUUGUGCACCACUCGUCCUGUCGCGCCCCCGCGUGGGCCCCGACCGCCUCCGUGCGUCCGCCAGCGCCGCGCCGGAAGGCGCGUGCCAGACUGCCAGCCUGGUGCUGGCGCCCCCUGCGGCAAAGGCCUCGACGGCCUCCAGAGGCAGGAGCGCAGCGGGCCACCUGUGCGAGAGGGGAAUGCCGCCCAGGUGAGCGCAGCUUAUGCUCAGCUCGAGCUCUCGACCAGCGUCGCGGCGUACUCCGCGCGCGCCGGCGGAGCUGCGGCACGGCACCCCUGCAACCUUCAGAGGCAGGCAGCGACGCGACGCAGCCACGAGAGCCCCUUCUGAAGGCGUGCCUGCGCAGCCUCGCCUCGCCUCGGCCUCCGCCGCUGCUCUGCGCCCUCCUCCCGCGGCCCGCCUCAGGCCUCCGCCGCCGCCCUGGGGGGGCGGCUGCCGCUGCCGCCCUCGGCAUCACUGCGGGAGGAGAUGGACGACAGGACGAUCAGCCAGAAGAAGGACACCAGCGCAAUGAAGGGUAUCCGCCACUGCGGCGGCACCACGCCGAAGGUCAAGCACUGCACUGGCCCCCAGAUCAGCCAGUACUUGACCAGGAGGUCGUUUCCUGCAUCCUCGACGUACCGUCGCAUGCCCGCGGGGACGUCGGCGUUGAGCGUCAGCGCCUUGAUCAGGUACGCCACCGGCAGGCAGAGGAAAGGCGUCAGCACGAACUGGUCGAACAGGACCUUCUCAGAUACGGUCAAGAGGUCCUGCCCCUCGCCGAACCACACGGGAUAGCACACGUUGAAUAUAAAGUACUGCGCGCAUCCCUGGUAGAGGCCCCCAUACAGGAAGAACGCCAAGGUUCGUCUCCAGCUGAUUGCCUCCAAGGGAUUGUCGGUGCUCUGGGCUUCACGGGCGCCGGCCGCUGCCGGCGCUUCCCCAGGAGCCUCGCCAACGGCCUGGUCUUCCAUCGCCAUCUUCUCGCCCUUCUGCGCCAGAAGGUCCGAGGCGGUCGCCUUCAUCGAGGCGACGGCAAACGCCGACUGGUAAGGCUGCGUGCUAAACCAAGUGUCGACGGACUCCAGCAGGGCCAUUUCGCCGCCGGGCCAGCUCGCCGGCCGCCCGCGCCGUCGCCGCGCGCCGCCGGCCGGCGGCGC